AGUGCACAAACAACGGGCUGCUAUUUAAGAUUAGCUAGUAUUUAUUUUUUCCUGGAAAUUUAAAUUAACAAUCUUAAUUUCAGGAUAAUUUAGAAAUUAAUUAAUCUGAAAAACUGAAAUUUAGGACGCAUUGACUAAUUCUUAAAUAGUAGGGCUUUAGAGUCUUAGAGUUAAAAAUUGCUUCAAGUUGCUAAGUUGAUUUUGGCAAUUAAUCGAGUUAACAGCUAACGGCUGAGAGCGAGAGCCUGAAAACACUCCCUUUGGUCCCGCCAAUGAAUGAUUCUUGGAAUGGGCUAUGGCAACAGAAAGAUAUCGCCCUCUCUCUGCUAAAGUCUUCACACAACCGCACCACAUUGAAUCAUCUAAAGUCUCUCCAUGUAUACCUCCUCCGCACCGGCCUUCACCACAGCAGUUUCGCCGUCGGCAACUUCAUCACCCAAUGCGCUUCUCUUGGACUCAUGUCAUAUGCAGCCCAGCUGUUCGAUCAAAUGUCUGAGCCAAAUUCCUUUGUCUGGAAUACCCUCAUCAGAGGCUUCCAACAAAAUCAUUCACCCAAAUGUACCCUUUAUUAUUUCGAUCAAAUGCGGGCACACAAUGUCCUACCUGAUAAAUUCACAUACCCUUUUGUAAUUCGCGCUUGUUCGGAUUUACUGCAGUUUGCCAAAGGACUAAGUCUUCAUGGCCAGUUGUUUAAAAUUGGAGUCCAUCUUGAUAUCUUUGUGGGUACUAGUUUGAUCGAAUUUUAUACUGCUAUGGGGGAUAUGAGCAUGACUAAAAAAGUUUUUGAGGAAUUGCCGGUUAAAGAUGAAGUAACAUGGUAUGCCAUGUUAUCUAGUUAUGUCAACAAAUGUAACGACAUGGAAAAAGCUCGGGAUUUGUUCGAAAAGAUACCAUGUAAGGAUCUUGUAAUUUGGCAUACCAUAAUUCUUGGGUAUGUCAAAGCUGGGGACUUGGAGCUAGCGAAAAUGUAUUUUGAUAGAGCGCCUGUUAAGGAUUUACUCAUGUACAAUACAAUUUUAGGUUGCCUUGCCAAGAAUGGCGAAGUUGAAUGUCUCUUGAGAUUGUUCCAUGAAAUGCCUUGUAGGGAUUUGGUAUCUUGGAAUACGGUAAUUGGAGGCCUCGUACGUGAUGGGAGGGUUAAUGAAGCUAUGAGAUUCUUCCAUCAAAUGGAAAGAGUGAAUUUGUCGCCUGAUGAUGUUACCCUGGCGAGCUUGCUCUCUGCUUGUGCACAAGCUGGAGCUCUGGAUACUGGGAAAUGGUUGCACUCAUAUAUCGAUAGGAGGUAUAAUGAGUUAAAUGCUGUAAUUGGAACGGCAUUGGUAGAUAUGUAUUGCAAGUGUGGGGAUUUAGAGAGUGCUGCAUGUGUCUUCGAUAAGAUGCCCGAACGUGAUACUGUAGCUUGGAGUGCAAUGAUCAUGGGGUCCUCGAUGAACGGGCAGAGUAGAACUGCAUUGAAUUUCUUUUACCGUAUGAAAGAUGAAUCUGAAAGGCCUAAUGAUGCAACAAUUUUGGGGGUUCUUUGUGCUUGUGUGCAUGCAGGGUUGGUUGAUGAGGGAAGGAAGUGCUUUUAUGGUAUGUUUCAGGAGUUUGGUUUAACACCAAAGUUGGAGCAUUAUGGUUGUAUGGUUGAUCUCCUCGGUCGAGCUGGUUUGUUAGACGAGGCAUAUAAUUUGAUACAAUCUAUGCCAUAUGAGCCACACACGGGUGCCUGGGGCGCCUUACUAGGUGCAUGCAAGAUACAUGGAAAUGUUGAGCUUGCUGAAAAGGCCAUAGAACACUUAAUCCAACUUGACCUUGAGGAUGGGGGCUACCUAGCAAUUAUGUCCAACAUAUAUGCCAAUGCUGGAAGGUGGGAAGAUGUCUCAAAAGUCCGAAAAUUGAUGAAAGUAAAAGGCAUUGGUAAGUCGCGAGGGAUUAGCUCCAUUGAGGUUAAUGGGGUAAUACAUGAAUUUGGUGUCCAAGAAAACAGACACCCUCAAGCCAGAGAAAUUUAUGAUAUGAUAGAUGAAAUCUACAGACGACUCAAGAAGGCUGGCCAUGUCGCGAGCACUAGUGAGGUAUUUUUUGACGUCGAAGAGGAGGAAAAGGAAAAGGCUUUGUUUUUCCAUAGUGAGAAAAUGGCUGUUGCUUUUGGACUUAUUGCAACUGAUAAAAACACUAUCAUUCGUGUGGUGAAAAAUCUUCGCAUUUGCGCGGAUUGCCAUGCAGCUAUGAAGCUGAUUUCUGCUUGUUUUGAAAGAGAAAUAGUAAUUAGGGACCGCCAUCGUUUCCACCACUUCAAGAAUGGUUUUUGCUCUUGUAGAGACUAUUGGUGAAUCUAUAAAUUCCCUUCAGUUAACAAACGGUGCUGAAAGUUCGAUGGUACUGGCGUUCUAGUACCUAGGACAGGCUAUAGAGCAAACAAAAUGUCAUGGGCGGUUUUCAAGUCAUGCCCCAUGAGCCCCAUGAUCCUGGUUGGGCCCCAUGGCUCCUUGACAAGCCGCCCAGAGCCUAGUGCAUGGAUGCCCCCAUGGCUCUGGCCGCGCUAGUUGACAAGUGCACCUGCGACUAUGUCGCCCCACUCGUCGCGCACAGUGCCGGCUCAAGGGGGAGGCGACUAAAGCAAUUGCUUUAGGCCUCCCCAAAUUGAAGGCCUCAACUUUUCUUUAGCAGUUAAUAUUGUGUUAUUAUAAAAUUAUUAUAAAAAAGAUACCAGAUUUGUUUCUUUUUGGAGUGUAAUAGAGGUUAUUUAGACAAAUUUUUGAAUUUCAUAAUAAACAUGCAAUAUAGCAAAAUAA